UGAAGCUUAAACCUCUGCAGAAUCCCAUUACCGCCGUCACGGGAGCUGGAGAGAUGGCGAAGCUCGUCCGCCACUCUCUCCGUCGAACCCCAAAUCCCUCCCGCCUCUCCUCCCUUCCUCUUCCCCCUCCUCCUCCUCGAAGAUGUUUCUCUUCUAAUGAAGCAGAUAUCCUCGAACGCCGAGGAGAAGACAUCCACGGCAGCAUCGGCGGCGGCGGCGGAGGAGGAGAUCAGGCAGAGGAACUAUUGGAUAAGUUGCGUGCACAGCUCCGGCAAAAGGGCUGCUUUCAUUCCUCCCUAUCACUCUGCCAAACCCUAAUUCUCUCCCACAAGCCCCUCUUCCCCUCCCCCUCCCACCUCUUCCGAUCCCUCGCCGGCUCCUUUUCCCAUCCUCACCCGCUCUCCCACUCCGCUGCCAGCCUCCUCGUCUCCGCUUACGCUUCGCUUAACCUCCCUGACGAGGCCCUCGACCUCGUCUCCUUCGUCGCCCAGGAAAGCUCCCACCUGUUCCCCUGUCUCCGUUCGUGUAAUCUCCUGCUUGAGACCCUUGUAUCCCGCAAGCGGUACACCGAUGCCUUGUCUCUCUUCAACCGGUUGGUCGCCUCUCCAAUUCGCCCGGACACCUACGCCUACAAUAAGGCCAUCCAGUCGGCUGUCAAAUCCGGAGAUCUGGAUAGAGCGAUGGAGUUAUUUCAUUGCAUGGAGAAGAAGGAUUGCCUGAAGCCGGAUGCUUUCACCUUCAAUUGCCUGAUAUCGUGCCUGUGCAGGGAGCGGCGCCUGGAUGGUGCUCAGAAGAUGUUUGAAGAAAUGGAGAGGAGGGGAAUCACACCAACCCUCAUCACAUAUAAUACGAUGGUUGAUGGGUAUUGUAAAAUUGGGAAUUUGGAUGCUGCUUUUGGUGUGCGGGAUCGGAUGCGGGCUUCGAAAUUGAAGCCAAACCUUGUCACGUAUAAUACCUUGCUAUCGGGGCUUUGUUGUGCCAGCCGGAUGGAUGACGUAAAUUCCUUGUUGGAUGAGAUGAGAGCAGCUGGUUUCAUGCCUGAUGGAUUUACGUACAGUGCUCUCUUUGAUGGCCACUCGAGAAGUGGCGAUGUGGAAGCCGCAUUGGUUUUAUUCGAGGAGUCAGUUAAAAAGGGUGUAACAAUAGGAGCGUACACUUGCAGUAUAUUGUUGAAUAGACUUUGCAAGUAUGGAAAAGUUGCCAAAGCAGAUGAGGUCUUGGAGAGACUAGUAGAAAAAGGCUUGGUCCCAACCAGUGUGAUUUUUAAUACGAUUGUUGAUGGAUAUUGUCGCAUAGGAGAUAUGGAAGGAGCCUUUGAGGCCAUGGGCCGGAUGGAGUCACUUGGAUUGAAAGCCGAAUGCAUCACUUACAAUUCACUGGUAAAUGGGCUGUGCAAAUUGCAAAGGAUGGCUGAGGCAGAGGGGUUGAUCAAGGAGAUGGUAGGGAAGGGAGUGUCACCAGAAGUGGAGACAUAUAAUCCACUCAUCGAUGCUUAUGCGCAAGCUUGUCACUUUGAGAGGUGCUUUGACAUUUUUGAGGAGAUGAAGGAUAUGGGGCUGGAAUUGAAUGUUGUGUCUUAUGGAUCACUGGUCAAUGGUUUCUGCAAACAAGGCAUGCUUGUGGAAGCAGAAGCACUCUUCCAAGACAUGGUAUUAAGAGGUAUUCGACCAAAUGUGCAGAUAUACAACAUUCUAAUUGAUGCAUAUUGUAAACAGGAAGAGUUGCAAAAGGCUUUUGAACUGAUUGAGGGAAUGAAGAAAACUGGGAUAUCUCCUAGUAUUGUGACUUAUAAUACUCUAAUAAAAGGUCUGUCUGUCAAAGGAAAUCUAUCAAAAGCUCAACACUUGGCCCUCGGGUUAAGAGAUGAAGGUUUAAGCCCUGAUGCAGUUACGUACACCAUUCUUAUAUCUGCCUAUUGUAAUACCAGCUCUACUGAUAAAGCUAUUGAGCUUUACAAAGAGAUGGAGAAGCUAGGCCUCAGACCAACCUUGUCUACUUAUCAUGCCUUGAUUAGUCAGACGAGCUUAGAAGGAAGGAUGCAAGAUGCUGAGAAUUUAUUUGAAGAAAUGCUACAGAAGAAACUGCUUCCUGAUAGGGAUAUCUAUAGUGCACUAAUGUCUGGUUAUGCUAAUUAUGGACAUCAAGAAAAGGUAGUAGUUUUACAGAAAGAGAUGGAACAGAGGGGAAUGUUACCUGUUGUAAGGUAAGAAAUGAAAAGAGGUGUAUAUUGAGCUGUAGCUGAAAGAUAUUAUCCGAAUAAAAUAUGCAGAAAUCUCUGGGUGUAUUUGGAAAUCUCAGGAGAAGGUGAGGUGAUACGAGUCAUCUGCAUUUUGCUCGUUGGCCUAUAUUUGCCUUGGCAAGACUCAGGUAUCAGAGGGUAACCAUGUUUGCUUUCGUUAUUACCUUUGGAUGUUAUGCUUAGACUGGCCAACAGCAUUAUCUUGAUUGAGGAUGUCUUGAGAGCUUGUUUAUCAUCUGGUUCAAGCAAAAUAUGAAAAGAUCAGCAUGUUUCUUCCUUGGGUACUUUUUCUUUCUGAACAUUGGAAUUAUCCACUCCAAGUCGCUCAUUGCUGCACGGACAAGAAGCUUUAUUUCUUGGAUUUUUGCCAUGGCACCCAUUCAAGAGUCUAUCGAUACAUGGACCAAGGUAAAUUGAGUGAUACGCUUUGUACGUGUAUCGUUCAAUAAAGGCAUGUACUUUGGUACUGUACCAGUGUUUUUUUUCAGUUUUUCUCAGGGUUUUCCAAAACUCAAUUCGUACUUGUAUAUCGACACAUGCUACACAAGAUUGUGAACCUUGGAUAUGAAUGCAAUCAGAAAGUGUAAGCAGAUCACAAAGUGUUGAUGCGUCGAUGUAAGAAUUGACGGCUGCAGCAACUUCUUACCAAUAUGAUGAUCAGCGAGUCUAGCAUGGCAGCUAUCGUUGCUGGUAUCAGCCUCUCAGAUCACUGCACCAAUAGGUGUAGCUUCAGCAAUACUCUAAUUGUUCAUUGGUCUGAUAAUGGUGUAACAGAUUCAUUAGAUAAUGGAGUAUCAGAUUCAUAUUUUACCGAA